UCUAAUGAACACGCACCUGCGGUUGUUGACAAUUUUGACGUUCCUGAGCAUACGUCCAUUGUCCUGUCAUAUUUUUACGUGAUUCUGACAAUCAAACACUCGUCUGUGAUCUUCUUUUAGAUCUUUCAAAUAAAUUUGAAGCGAUGGGUUGUGACGGUGGUACUAUUCCCCGAAGAGAUGAACUUGUUCGAGUUAAGAAGAAGCCAGAACAGAAAGAUAGAGAGGCAGAGUUGGCGUUCAGGUGGAGGCACUGCACCAUAAAACAACUGCCCCUCCAGCCCCCAAUCGUUGCCUGCUCCCUUGGCAAACUCUACAGCAAGGAAGCUGUCAUCGAGGGCCUCCUGGAUCGCUCGACACUGCCGGAGUCUGCAGUUCACAUAAAGAGUCUGAAAGACGUCAAGCCCCUCAAUCUCACUUCCAACCCAGCUUACGACGCAAGUAAAGCUGAAACUGGUGAUGGAUAUGUGGAUGGAGGAAAGAGUCCUUUCAUCUGCCCAGUCAUUGGACUUGAGAUGAAUGGAAAAUACAAAUUCUGCUAUUUGUGGACUUGUGGGUGUGUCAUGAGUGAGAGGGCUUUGAAGGAAGUUAAAAGUUCGGUAUGCCACAGAUGUCAGAAACCCUUCGAACCAUCGGACAUCGUAAUUCUAAACGCAGAAGGAGACGAUCUGAAACGGAUGGAGGACAACGCAGCUUUCCGAAAGCAAUCAAAAAAAUCUAAAAAAAGGAGGGAAACGAGCGAGGACACCCCAGCAACUGAAGACUCUUCAUCGAAACCAAAAAAACUGAAAAUUAAAAAAGAAGAGAAGGCCGGACCGAGCAGACCUAGAGUCGAGCCCCAAGACCCAGCCUUCAAGAAGGCGAAGGAGGAUUACAGCGUUGCCAAGGAUCCAGCUGCCUCCGAAGUCCUAAAAAGCAUCUUCACGACCCACAAGACAGCUUCUGAACAGACGAGGGCACACUGGGUGACAUACAAUCCAUUCUACAACUGAUCAAGUGAUUAAUCAAUGAAAAUUAUUCAAAUUGAAAUUCUUGGAACUUGAAUUUAACAUCGUAUAGAUAUUUCCUAAUUAAUUAAAGAUAAUUUAUGAAAACAUUCUUCUCGCUGUUCACCAUUCAAUCAAUUGACUGAUGGUGAAUGAGUAAGUACAAGUAAUCAAUGAAACAGUCAGGCAAUUAAAAUGAUUAAACAUCAAACUCUUAAAACUUGAAUUUAAUAUUGUAAAGAUAGUCCAUAAUUAAUUAAAGAUAAUUUAUCAAAACAUUA